AUGAAUAAAUUUGAAGAAUUCAAGGCCAAAGGAAACAAUUGUUUUAAACAAGGUCAAUAUAAUGAAGCUGUUGAAUGCUACAAAGAAGCUAUAAAACAAGAUCCAACUAAUCCAGUUGGUUAUUCAAAUUGUGCAAUGGCUCUAAUUAAACUUGAUAACUUUGAUUCUGCGUCACAAAUGUGUAAAAGGGGGUUAUUCUAUGUAAAUGAUACGAAUGAUGCAAAUAAAAAAAUUGCUGAGAAACUUAAAUGGAGGCUCGACGUAUGUACCGAGAAUAUGAAAGAUGGCCUCAUUCCAGUUGAGAUAUUCGAGGUUGAUAAACUUCCUGAGCAGUACCGUGAUUUGUGA